CAGCUGCCGCAAUGGCUUUGCCAGAACUUCUGCUGCUUCAGUUUGCUUGAACAUUGCCAGCAUCCUGAAGGAGAAGCAGUAGCACUUCAUGGAGCUGCCCUUCACCAACCUCGAAGUUGCUUUCAUCUUGCUGGCUUUUGUCAUUUUCUCCUUGUUUACCUUGGCUUCUGUCUACACCAGCCCUCAUGACAACAAAGAAGGCUCCCUUCAGAUACUGGAAAGCUCCUAUAAGGUGACCUCAGGACCUCUUCACAUUGAACAAUCCCAAUUUCCUCAGCCUAUCCUCAUAUGGGAGGUGCUCCAGCCCACUGCUCAUUUCUGUGGCUCUCCUCUGGACACACUCAAGGAGCAAUAUGUCCUUAUGUUGGCGACCACAGCACUGGACACAAUACUCCAGGUGGAGUCUCACAAGAGUGGAGUGCAGGGGGAGAAUCACCUCCAUGGACGGACUGUCCAUGCUUCUUUUGAUGCAUCCCCGAAUACACUUUUUAUACUUUUAUACUGGGACAGAGGAGCAUGCAUGAGGAAAACUACCCACAGAAAGAGCACAAGGAAAGGAUCAAAUCCAGCAAGAAAAAGGCACAUUCAAGUAUGAGUGAAGUGGUUUAGAAUAUGACCAAGGCCCACUGUUGAACAUAAUUUUGAAAGAAGUAGCUCUGGAAGCUGGUCACCUGAAAGCAGUGAGAAAAAGGAUGUGAGACAGAAGGGACUUGAUGAUCCAUCAGAUGGAAUCCAGACGUGACAAUCCGAGUUAAUGGACCACGACCAAUGAGGCUGCUUCAGCACCUUUUUACAACCUCCGUUCAUGGCCUUAAUAAAACUACCAGGGCUUUUUUUACAAGGCACAUCUGCUCUAAAUUCCAAAAGGAGAAACUUCAAAUUCAGAAGCUACAUUUGGUUUCUUCCCUGCUUUUCAGUCAAGUUUUAUGAAAUGAAAUGAUGAGGAGGAAACACAUUGGUUUAAAAGACCUAACAUGUUUGCUGCAAAUAUCUUCUGUCUUGGUUAGACUCUGAAUUAUUUUUUUAAUUUACUUUCAGAGAACACAUAUAACAGUGAAUAAACCACCCAUAGACUAGAUGAAAAAUGUUUUAAAGAUCUACUGUUUCAAAAAGUUACUUCAACCCAAUAGUACUUCAUUAAAGAAAGAUCAUAUAACAGAAGAAAUAAUUGGUUUUACCUUCAGGUGUCAUACAAACAUAUUUAGUGGAAGAUUCCUAUGUAAAGAAAACCUUCUACAUGAAAACACAUUAGGGUUCUGAGGUUUCCUAAGUUUUUUUGUGUGCGUGUGUUUACAAGUCACUCUUGGAUGAAUCAAUCUUACAAG